ACGCAUGUAUGUAUGUAUUCGAAUUAGAAAGCGUCACUGAAAGUUGUAACCAUGGAAUAGAGAUUAUCAAAACAUUUGAAACAAGGGCAGACUUGUUUACUUGUCCUUUCUGAGAGAAAAUAUUACAUAUCUAUAUAUUAUUAUUUUAAGUCACAACCGAUAAAAUAUUUCUUGAUUUUAUUUGUUCCAGGAUUUAUUAUUAUGUGAUUUCGUUUUAAGUUGUUAUUUAUAUUGAGAAGAAGAAAAAAAAAAUCCUCCUCUCAGGAACCAUGCAUUGAUGUAUUGACCUCAACUAUCGCUGUUUUCGAUCUGCAACGCACCUGUUCUUUUUCACUAAUCAAAGGUGCAAAAUGAGUUCCAGACCAAUUUCACGGAAGAAAACCAAAAUAAAAUCCUUUUCAAGAUCAGACAGUGCCCCUACAGAUAAAACUGCUCCAGAUGUAUGGCUCACUUCUCUUAAGAACACCAAUGAAAAUACUGGUACGAAUACUGUCUUACUGAAAAAAGUUGAUCAGAAUGUGGCAUAUAACAGUACUUCAGCAUAUCUUCGGCAAGUCAUGUGUUUUGGUAAAACAAGAAAAAUGCCAGAAAUCAAUUCUCCUCGUUUGGCUGCAGGAACACCUUUGUAUAAGAGUAAAGAGGAAUAUUAUGAUGAAGAACUGCGAUUAAGAAAGGAAAUUGGAUCACUGAAGCACGAAAAUUCUACAAUGAAAACUAAACUGCGCCGUUUGGAAGAAGAUAAUCUUAAGAAGGAGAAAGAAAUCGCUGCCCUCCUUGAUACUGGAAAGAAUGAAGAAUUUCGGAGAACCUUAACUGAUCGACGAUCAGAUUCCUUCAUGGUUAUUUCAAAUCUCAAGCAUAAAAUUAUGAAACUAGAAGCACAACUUAAAGCCAAGGAAACUGUUUAUUUGAAACUGAAGAGCAAUUUGAAAACCACCAAAGUUGAAGAACUACAAGUUCAGGUAGAGACACUGUACCAGGAAAUUGUACGUCUACAGAAUUGCAAUAGUGAACAAAAGUUCAUUAAAGAGAGUGGGAACAAUACGAAAAUGAAAGCAUUGAGUGACACUGUUCUGUGUUUGAACCAGACUUUGGAACAACUUCGAAAUGAAAAUCAGUCUUUGAAAGAAGAUUUGGUCGAAGCUCUUGAAAACCCAAACCAAAACAAGGUUUUGCAAAGUUUGAACCACAGUAAGACUGCUGAAAGUGUAAACCAAAAUAAGAUUAACUCUGAAACAGUCAAAGACAUGAAGCAACAUGAACUGUUGACCAUCAUUGCUGAACAAAAGAAAAUUAUUAAAGAUUUUGAAAGAGAGAAGGCAGUCUUGGAUGAUUAUCUUGAAAACAAGCCUUGGAGCAAAGUUCCUGGCAAAAUUCAGGUCCAGAGUACGAUAAUUGAGCAACUGGAGCAGCUUGACAAACAAGAAACACACUUACUGGAAGAAUUGAAGAAUGUCAAACAACUCAAGAAACAAAUGAAAAGUGAAAGAAAUCACUAUAAGAAAAAGAGUGAAGAAUUUGAAUUAGAAUGUCAGAAAUUGCAGCUGACCAUAAAAGAACUGGAACUAAAGCUCAAACUUGACAACAACAAAGCUACAUAUUCUUCAGUGAGACACAGAUCAAGAACCUCUCCCACUUCUGAGAACCAUAAUUCUCGAAGAAAUAGUAAGACAAGACAUAAGUCUGUUGAAAAUAUAAAGAAUUUAAAUGAGAAAGAAGAAAUCGUCACCCAAGUGCCUCAAGUGACAAGAAAUGAAGAAGUGCUCAAACUAAGGAAAAAUCACGCAGCAAAGCGUAUUCAGAAAGCAUGGCACCUACAUGAUGCAAAUAAACAAGCUCUGGUAAUAAUUCAGGGCACACUCUUAGCACAUGCUGCUCGAAAGAAGUUUCUCAAACAAUCCAAAAAAGAACUCAAGUUCACCCAUCUGUGUGAAGAGGAAAGUAGCUUAGAGAGAUCUGUAAAACUGAUACAGUCAGUAGUGAGGGCUCAUUACAGCAGGAUAAAACAACAGCAGAACUUUAGGGAAAAUUUCAAGAUGGAACAAAUAGUGCAGAGAUAAAGACAGAUUAUACAGUUCUUUAAUAAUAUUCCAUAUAUAUAUUGUUGUGUCUGGGGAGAGUUAUUUUGACUUUGUGCCUUAUACCAUAUAUUUAUCAAGUGGCCAGCAUGGGAAUAAAAACCAUCAAAGGUAACAAUUAUUUAAAAUUAUAAUUUAGGGUAUCUAAGAGAUACUGCUAUGCUGAUAAUAGCAGUCAAAUCUUGACUCUAAACCACAAUAAAUGUAUAUAUGUAUAUAUAUAUUUAAUGAUAAUUAAUGAUGCAUUUUAUGAAUCAAAAUUGAAAACCAUUUUUUUUUUUCUACACUUUUUUCUUUUCACUCCUCCUCCUCCUCCUCUGAAAUUUAAAUAUAUUAAAUAUGUGCUCUGUAUAAAACAUCUUUAAUAUAUUUAAUUCUUCUAUUUCUUUCUUUUUUUUAAAAACUUAUUCCUGUUUCCCACCAAUCACAGUAUGUGCAAGCAGUUGGCAGAAAUAUAAUUCUUCAAAAACUGCAAUAAAAAAAAAAUUAAAAAAAAUGAUCCAAAUUUAGUAUUCGAAUAAAUAACUCAUUAAACUAUGACAAAUAUUUAAAUAGGAUUAUAUUGUCAAUUAAAAAAAAAAAAUUCAUACUAACAGUACCCUUGAAAAUUCCAUGGUUAUACAUUACCGUCCAUACAUAACAGGCAUGUCCUGUACGUACCUCUUUCAGCCAAGAGGACCUUGACUUCAGGGCUUACGGGUGCUGGUGUCACAUAAGAAUCACCUGUGCUAGUUCCACAUAAAACACCUGUUCAUAAAAGUGUCCAUGCCAGUGCCAUAUAAUAAUAAUAAUAAUAAUAAUAAUAAUAAUAAUAAUAAUAGAGCUGUUACAUAUAACAACAUUGAUAAUCGUAAACUAGUGAAAGAUACUCUAAAUCCUAAAAAUCAAAUUAGUGAAGAUAAUUUGGAAAACAAGCUAUAAACACAACAACAAUAAUUACAGACUAGCAAGUAAAGAUAUAGAAAGUGUUCCACGAAAUAAAAUGUGUAACUAUGCCAAGUAAAGGUGAUGUCUGCUCGAUUGUAAAUGCAAAAUUAAAGAAAUUAUGCAUAGAUGUAAGGUUACAUCAAAAGGGCAGUUAUAUUAUUAUAUAGGAGCUACAGAAAAUUAUAAAAAAAGAAGGAUAGCUAAUUACAAAAACACAUUUAAGGAUAGAAAUAAGAAAAACAGCUUGAGUUUAACUAAACUAAUUUGGUCUAUUAAAGAAAAAACAAGGACUAUACACUAACCUGGGAAAUAAUUAGCCGGGCAAAACCUUACAGCAGAGGGAGUAAAAGAUGUGAAUUGCAUGUCGAAGAAAUCUACCAGAUUAUUAUAUCAAAAUUUAAAUUAAUUAACCAUAGGCACGAAGGAGUAAUUAGUUGUGUUCAUCAAGCUAAACAUAUGUAUAAUAGGUACAAAUAAUUGCAUGAUAAUAUUAAGUAAAACUAAAGUAUAAGGUUAGUUAGAAAUGUAAACUAAAGGUUAAUUUAAUAUAACUUAUAAUAAAUAUUAUAGAACAAAUAUAUGCUAACCAAUUAAUUGAAUAUCCAUAAAAUUAAAUUAGAUUAUAUGAACAGUAAUUGAGAAAUAUGUCCUUAUAUUAAUGAUUAAUAAUAAUAAUAAUAACAAUAAUAAUAAUAAUAAUAAUAAUAAUAAUAAUAAUAAUAAUAAUAAAGAUAUAAAUAAUAGUAGUAAGAACAACAAUUAUAGGGGUGGCCGCGGGCAUAGUAUGAAUAGUAGUAAUCAAAUGAACUGGAGAUGGCAAUGCUACAAACAUUAAUUACAAGAAAUCGAUCUUAAGAACUCAAAAGUGAUGAAUAGUAAUAUGACCUACAUUUAUGGCAGCUAAUUCCUCCCUUUGACCUGUAGGCUUAAAAGGUUAGUUUGAGCUAUUUUUAGAAUGAUACUCCAUGUAGCUGAAUAAACAAAUAUAUAAAAAGAAUUUUUUCGGUUCCAUUUAGAAGAAAUCAAAUUAGUAGACAAAAUGCCCUGAUGAAGCCCUUGAUGGAUUGUAGCAUCAUAAUGCACUAAAAGAUGAAGAAAAUACACCUUGAUAGCAGUGAAAAUAUUAUGUAGAUGGAAAAAGAAAGCACAUAAAAGACUACAUAAUAAAAAAUUGGAUAUUCUCUGUUCCCUGUUUCCCUUAAACUGAUUCAUUAUAUAUAUAUAUGUGUGUGUGUGUGUGUCAUUGUAAGAUCCAAGGAUCUAAGUGUAGGAAGUUAGUAAGCUUUGAGCAGUCAGUGGUAGAUAUAAAAACAACUUUAACAAACUAGUUUAUUGGUGUAGAAGGUUAUAUACUUUUCCUAUUUUGAAGUUCGAUAAACUGAAAAAUGUUUUUUUAUAGUUCAUGGUUAGUAAUGAAUGUGAAUAAAAAUUCAAACUGAGGGAAUGGUACAAGUAAAAUCUAGGCUAUAUAGCAGAUCUUUACAUUGACCCCAGUGCAUAACUGGUAUUUUAUUGACCCCCAAAAAGAUGAAAGGCAAAGUCAACCUUGGCGGAAUUUGAACUCAGAACAUAAAGAAGGAUGAAAUACCACUAAGCAUUUCACCCAGCAUGCUAACAAUUCUGCCAGAUUGCCACCUUGAUAAUAAUAAUAAUAAUAAUAAUAAUCUAGGAAUAAGGUCCAAAAUUUUGGGGGAGGGGGCCAGUCGAUUAGAUAGCCUUGAUAGCAGAUCUUUGGAAGUAAUAAUUACUCAAUGAAGGGGUACUCCACUAGCUACUCAUCAGGCCGAAGAUACCUUAGUUAAAUGAAAGUUACAUUGUCAUUAAGGAAUCCCAAGUUAACUCACCAGAAAUAUAAUUUAAAAUGAAUGGUGAAGCCAGAAGAAUGGAGUCAAAAAACAAAAUAGAAAAAUAUAUGUAUGAGGAAAUAAAAUGGUCAGUAAUAGAAAGGAAGGGUGAUGAGAGGUAAAAGUUUCUAGCCAUUAGGGGAACAUAUGUGAAAAUAUAGUUAAAAACAAUUUCAUGCUAUAAAUACAUACAAGAGCUUCAAGUGUGGGGUGAGAAUGCAGAAGGAUUAGUUUGGGAAUAAUUGGGGAGGACACUAUUAUUUGUACCUUAAGAAUGCAUUGCAUAACUUAUGUUUUCAAUUAAGGAUUAGGUCACUCCAUUCAUUCAGGCAAUCACUGUAUUGCAUAAUAAUCUCUGCAAUGCAGAGAUCACAUUUGUUGUUAUAACCAUUAUACAGUUUGGCAUGGGUAAUGAUGGACCAUUUUAAGUUGUAUAGAACUUUGUUUUGUUUUAUCUAUGAUCCACCUCUCCAUCUUUAAAGGUUCUUUUUGGUUUGAACUGGGCUAUACAACAAUCUUAAGAAUAAAAAUCAAAAUCAAAUAAAAUGACCUUAUCUUAGAAGUCAGGUCAUGCUGCUAUUCGAAGAAUGAAAAUAAAAAUUGAAUAAAUUAACCUUGUCUCAGAAGUCAGAACAUGUUAUCAAGAUCUUACCCCUUGUUUUAUAUCUCCCCACUCACCUCCAUUAUCUUUUAAGGUCUUUUGUCUAGAACUCUGUCAUCUAGUUUGAAAGAUUAUAAAUAAAAUAAAAUAACCUUAUCCUUUAGAAGUUAUAUUGUUAUACCCUAUCCUCUAAUCUUCCUACUGCUAUAAAUGCUCUCCACCACCCUUCAUGUAUCCAUAAUGUUUUUCCUAUAUUAACUACUAACUCGAGCAAGCGAAUUCAUUCUUUUGAUUGUUACUGGUCAGGGAAUCAUGAAGUGGUACAAACUGGUGAUUUUUGGAAUGUUUUUUUUAAAAUAUAUAAUUUGUGUAUGUUCACCUGAUGAAACGGUUUUAUUUUUGCAUGAUGUAAUAUCUCUAUUCAUCAAUAAAAAUUUUAUUAGAAACAACUGUAGUGAAUGAA